AUCUGAGGGUGGCUUUUCUUCGUGUUGAAGAUGCCAGAUCCUGCGAAAUCUGCUCCUGCUCCUAAGAAGGGCUCUAAAAAAGCUGUCACAAAGGUACAGAAGAAAGAUGGCAAGAAGCGCAAGCGGAGCCGCAAGGAGAGUUACUCCGUUUACGUGUACAAAGUGCUGAAGCAGGUCCAUCCGGACACCGGUAUUUCUUCUAAGGCAAUGGGUAUCAUGAACUCGUUUGUCAACGACAUCUUCGAACGUAUAGCCGGUGAAGCCUCGCGUCUGGCGCAUUACAACAAACGCUCCACCAUCACAUCUCGGGAGAUCCAGACGGCCGUGCGCCUGCUGUUACCUGGGGAGCUGGCCAAGCACGCCGUGUCGGAGGGCACCAAGGCGGUCACCAAGUACACCAGUUCUAAGUAAGAGCGCUCAGCAAAUGCUCUUAACUAUUUAACCCCA